UUAAACUCCAAAGAAGAAGACAACGGAAACCGAUUUUUUUUUUUGCUGUUAAUCAGCUGAUACAACAACAUUUCACCAGACCACGGUCAAAAGGUUGUGUAGAUCGUAAACCUGGGCAAUCACUCCCCCAUAGUGGCCCAUGUUCAGAGGCACCAUCUGCCCUGAAGUAGAUGCACCUCUUCAUCCAUGAUUCUCCUCUGGGCAAACAGCACGAAAUGUGUCCUUGGUGACAUCCAAAACACCUCGAAUGACAACACAAAAACAACAAUUAUACAAAAAUGGCAUACCCCAGAACCCACAACCCAUUUGCAGAUGAUGAUGAGGAGGAGCAGCACUGGUCAAGUGGGGGAUUUUACGACCCCCAAGAGAGGGGGGUGAGUGAGGCAGAGCGCAAGCAGAGAUGCCUCCAACAGGAAGUGAUGCGUACGGCCAAGUCUGCGGUGGUCAGCAGCCACCGCUCCCUGGGGCUCAUCUAUGAGUCGGAGAAGAUCGGCGCUGAGACUGCAGAGGAGCUGAUGCGUCAGGGGGAGGCUCUGAAGAGGACCGAGAGGAUGGUGGACAACAUGGGCCAAGACCUGAAAACCAGCCAGAAACACAUCAACAGCAUUAAGAGUGUGUGGGGAGGCCUUGUCACUUACUUUAAGGCCAAGCCUGAGACCACCAAGUCCCUGCCAGAAGAGCCUGUUGUUUACCAAGCCAGCAGCAAAUUGCAGAAUGCCAUGUCUCACAGUAAGGAGCAUGAAGGCAAGUACCAGGCCAGUCACCCCAACCUGAGGAAGUUGGACAUUGGAGGUUUCGACGCAUUUGCAUCAGAUGACAGCUCAUCUAGUCAAAAUGGCUACCCUGCAAACAGACAGCUUAGAGCCGCCCACCAGACCCUGGACAACAACUUAGAUGAGAUGUCCCUGGGCCUGGGAAGGUUAAAGAACCUAGGACUGGGCCUCCAAUCUGAAAUUGAGAAUCAGGACACUUCUCUGGACAAUCUGCUGGGUAAAGUGGACAAGCUGGACCUCAAGAUCAACAACACCAACCAGCAGAUUAAAAACCUCAAAUAAUAAAUCCCAAACAUUCUGACUCACCGGUCAGAGACACCGGUCAACUCAACUCCCCCUUACCUGGGUUUCACUUCAAAGCAGCUCUCUGUGCAUCAAGAUGUCUUAUUCCUCUAUGAUAGAGUACCAAUGUUAUUGAUACUCUAAUGAAUGAUAUUCAGUUCCUCAAACAGCUCCAUAUAAAUGCAUAGACCACCCUGUUCUUGACUAUUUAUGAUUUGUUAUCUUGUGAUUUUUAGAAAGGAAGGAUCUCUGUGAGUAGGACCUGUGUAGUGGGUUUAAAGGGUAGUUGAGAUAAGUGUUAAUGGUCUGUAUUGUUGCCCUCAGUUUGCAUCGUGGUAAGUUGCAUUUUAAUUUAGUUUGGUAAGUAAAUUAAUUCAAUUUCAACUCAAAGCGAGGGAUCCUCUUUGAAAACAAAGUGCCACUACUUGCAUUCAUGAAUUGAAUUUGAAAGGGUUUACUGACUUGACUGAAUUGAAAUGCUAUUGACCCCAACCUUGAUCGCUGUGUCCAGAAGCCAGAAAAAUAAAUUGUGUGGUGCUUGUUUGAAACUGGAAUGUCAUACUGUGGUAUGUAUGCUGUCCGCUGCCUGUUGAUUAGAUAAUUCAUAUCCUAUUUGUAACUUUUGAGAUGACAUACCCACAGAACUCAAAUGAAUGAUUCAUUACAUUUCUUUAGACUCACCCACAAUCUUGUACAUAAACAUUCCCCCCCCAGCCCUUGCUGGACCUGUGCUUGGUUCAUGUAGAAAUAGACAAAGAACCACACCUGUUACCCUGGAAGAAUCAAGUGCCAUCCACUCUUGUCUUACACCAGGUCUUAGGCUCGAAUUCAAUCUGACGCACAUUAUAGAGUGCUGUCAACAAUGCACCUUUUUAAAGGCAAUGUUACGGCAAUUUGCGGAAGUUGCAUUCACGGUAAAUGCUUAAAUAUGUCAUGUGCUCCAACGUGUUUCUGAUUAAAUAUCGGCCUUUUAUUUUAUUUGGGGAUCUGAAAGAAUGUAACCUGAUGUGGUAGCCUAGUGGUUAAGAGCUUUGGGCCAGUAACUCGAAAGGACGCUGGUUCGAAUCCCAGAGCCGACUAGGUAAAACAUCUGUCGACGUACCCUUCAGCAAGGCACUUAACCCUAAUUGCUCCUGUAAAUUGCUCCGGAUAAGAAGGUCUGCUAAAUGACAAAAAAAUGUAAAUGUUCAACCUUCAUGUUGCUUUAACAUAUCCUGUUACUUCAAAUUUUUGUAAAUGAAGAGAUGAGGAAAGGAAGCCACUCUACACUAUUGAAAUGCACCCCCAGUGUCUCACAACACAAGUGGCUUCUUGUAUGUGUAGCCACUUCUGUUUCUCAUAUUGUUUUUGCAAGCUACCGCUCCAAACCUUGCUACUUUUCUGAAGGGAUGUCAAUGUGUGGAAAUAUGCGGAAUGGAAAUUGCAUUGUUAAUUCUUCCUUAAUUUGCUUUUUCAUCCUUUUGCUUUUGAUAAAUCACCUCGUGUAUACUUUCUUUUGUGAUUGAGGAGAAUAUUUAACAGAUAAUGUGACUGCUCUUUGUCUGAUAAAUGACUUCUGCAAAUAGAAGGAACAUUUAUGCCUUCCUCUGUGUGUGUGUGUGCACAGAAGUAUAUGAAACAUCUGUAUUACCGUUUUACAAAUGUCAAUGUACACAUGCUAAGAAUAUGGUUUAAAUACAGACUUUAAAUUGAGA